AUGUCAGGUAACCCAACGAACUCAAUAGAUCUUGUAAAAGAGAAAAGAUCUUCAACUCAACUAUUGUUUUUUGACACAUUAACUGCAAGAAAUUUUUCUAGCAAUGAAUCUCUAACGGAAUCAAUAGAAUGUAUAAGGUUCAAUAAGCGUGUUGUAUUAUCUGAUAUAAGGGUUGUGCCAAACAAUUUUCGUCCAUUCAAGGGAAGUCGCAAGGAUCAUGUUGGUAAAACUUCGCCAAAUAAAUUCGAACUUCACCUUCUCAUUCAUAAAACUCUUACUUCUGAUUCUUCCAAACUUCUCGAAAAACGGCCGCCAACAUUGCCCUUGCACCCAUUAACAAUUUCUUUCGACGAAAAGAAAGGAUAUUUGAGCUAUGACGUUACCUUAACACCAGAAGCAACCACUAGAUUCAUAAUAUUACGAGGAAAUUAUCACGCUGUAACAUUAUGUGUCUAUGGUAAAGUGGUGGAAGCUAAUCGAAUUAAUGCGUCGAAAAUUAACAAUUCCAUAAAUUCGGUGGCUAAUGAACAAGUCAAUAAAGAAGGCAACGGAGAAAGUUCAAUUCAAAAUGGAACAACAGAUUCCAUUACUUUAAAUCAAAGUAUGCAAGUACUAAAACCUUCCUCAAAAAUUUUACCCGAUAAUCAGGGAAAGACAAUCGUUGAACAGAAUUCUGGUGAAAUUAAAAUGGAAACAAAUAUUACAAGAUCGCAUGAAAAUUUUAACCAAAAUUCGUCAACAAUGGAUAUAGAAAUGACUAUGCCAUUUACUGGAUCUAUAUCUAACAACAAUAUAGAUAUUUCUGAUACUGAUCGUGUCGGAAUAUUGUUAAGAAAUGAACGGCCUGGGGCUUUCAGAAUUCCAAAUCCAUUAAACUCAUUGACCUGCUUGGGAUCGACUUCAGAUGAGAAAGGAAAUAAAGAUAUUCUUGUGGAUCAUGUUUCUCCCGAUGAAACUCUCUUAUCGUUUCUUUCACAUUCUUUUUCUGAUAUCAAGUUUAAAAAGGCUUGGGAUAAUUUCUCAAGUCAUAUAGAAAGCUUGAAAUCUUUGCUACAUACAAUAAAAUAUAAUACCAACCGUUCAAUGAAUCAUGUUACGAAUAAAAUGGCAGAACUAAUUCGAGAGUUAACUGACGUAUUCGCUGAAGGGGUCCUUUGGGCGCGCUUCCAAGGUGUUACAUAUGAUGGUGUUCUAUUUGCGUUAGAUAUUUCGUCUGGAAAGUCCUCUAUAAAAUUAUAUGAAAGUGGCCUUGGAUUAUUCAAAAAACUAUGUGUAUGCGGAGAAGAUCUCAUUAAUACUUCGAUGGUUCAUUCCUGCUUGAAACUUAUGGUCCCUCUUUUAAAUGAACAAUAUGUAUCUUCGACUCUACAAGCACAAAUACUACAAGGACUAUUAAAAUGUAUCGAUGAAACAAGGGUUGUUGAAAAUCUUAUCGGAUGGAUUGACCGAACUCAUAGUUAUGAUUCAUUAUAUAAAACUUACAUUUUACCAAUGUUACAAAUGAAAAGGUUACCUGUUAGAAUUUUACAUUUACUCCAAUGGAUUGUUCGCAAAGUUUCUGUAUAUGAAGCAUGCACGCUAAUUCAACAGGUUGCAGAUAACGAAUUACUGCAUGAAAAUGAAAUUCGAAGUAAAAAGAAGAAAUUGGACGAAUCAACUUAUGAAAACACUGAACAGCAUAAUACUAACUUUAUGAUAGAUGAUGAUGCGAACGUACACGUUCUCGAUAAUCCUGAAUUGGCAAUUGAACAAUUAUGCGAUUGCCUUCAAAUAAUAUCUAGAGUUUCCUUAUACUAUAUGGCUUUAAAUUCACCCGAAAAUGAAAAUCAAGAUAAACUUCCUAUAUUUUCGUUUCGUUAUCUCACGAAUUGUCGAGUUUUUCCCGCGCUCACCGUUAUACUAUCUUCUCAAAGAUUUCGAAGUUGCUUACGAUUUCAUGAGCUCGUUAAUUCAAUUGGAAGAUUUUGUAUUAUUUUAUUGGGUGAACAAAUUGGUAUGCUCUAUUUAGCUAAACAAUUACAGCAACCGCGUGAGCCAUUUGGGGAUAAUUUAUUGGCAAUUUGGUCUAGCCUUUUAUGUCAUCAGCAUGAAGUGACGGAAUCAUUUGAAGAAACAGAAUAUUCCAAUCAAAAUUUAACCCAAAUUAUUAAUGAAAAAUGGACUGACGCUAAUGAAAUUAGAAGAACACCAGGUAUAGGUGAUAUUUGGUGUGGUCUUGAUCCAAAUUUGAAAAAAGCGCGUCAAAUAUUAAGAAUGCAAAGUUUCGGAGCCAUAGGAAUUGAAUCGGAUUUUUUAGAUAAUUUUGUUAUCCCUUCUGAUCAAUUAGUAAUUCUUUUAGUUUAUCAUAUUAAUUCUAUAGCAAUUAUUGAAAGGCUUUUAGAAUUAGGGCGGCCCGGAUCAGAUAAUACAAAUGAUGAUUAUUAUCAAAAGGUUACGUCGUUAUUGAAUGAACUAUUCGAGAUGACAACAUUUAACGUUGGAAAACAGGCUGUUAUUUCGACAAUUAUACAUCUUGAUGCUUUACCGAUUUUAGUAUCAUUUAUGAAUAUUAAUUCAAUUCAUGAUAAUAAUAUCGCAAUUGGUCGUAUAUCAAUGGAAUUAUUGGAAGCUGUUAUUAAAUUUUCACCAGCUUACAUUUAUUUUUUAUCAAACAAUGUAAAUGAAUUACUUCCUUCAUUAAUUUCAUCAGAAAGUCAUUUGCGUAUUUUAUGGGAUCCAAUUGUAGCUUUUCAUGAAACAGGAAAUGUUCAAGGGGUAAUUGAUAUUAUCAAGCAUCAAAAAUAUUAUCCAGAAUGUUUAAGAGAACAAAAUACUGUUAAUCAAAUUUUGAUUUCAUUAAAACUCCUUAUUUGUUAUACAUACUCUGAAGAAGGAAUUUUACAAAUACUAGGAGCUCGAAUGGAUGAUUUUAGUGGUUUUGAUAAUGGAGAUAGUUUAUUUGUAUUUCUUUCAAGAUUAUUGAAUUAUGCCGCUGAAGUACUUUCGGAUAUGAGUGAUUUUGUUGUUUAUGCAGAUCAUCAGACAACUAAUGAUUCAACUUUGAUAGAAAUAGAUGAAUCAAAUAAUACUGGAAUUCAAGAUGAAUCGAAAAUUUUCGAACUUCGAAAAGAAUUACUUGAUUUGGUAUGGUAUAAUUUAAUACUUAUGAAAAAAUUACUUAAAGUUAUUUACGGAGAUCCAAACAGUAGUGUCGCAAAACGUCAUUUUAAAGAUAUUUAUGGAAAAGGUGAAUUCCCUGAUGAUUCACUUCCAUCUCAAAAAAAAUCCAUGAUUCAGAUAUGCCUUGAUCCGUGGUUAAUGCUUAUAUCUGCUUUGGAUCAUUUGGAUGGAAGAUUAAGUGAUCAACUUGGUGCCAUUUCUUUACUCGUAAAUGAUCAACCAAUGAAAUAUGGACAAUCAGCUCAAAUAGCAAGAUUACGUGGUCUCCUAAUGAAUACAUUUGGACUAUUAACUCAAGUUAUUAUCGAAGAUAAUAAUUCUACAAUAAAUAAUACCAGUGGAGAUAGUGGAGAUUCUAAAUGUCGUGCACGAUUUUUUUCGGAAUUUACUGGACGACAUGUAGUAAAACAAUUGAUCGAUUUCAUAUUUGAAGGACCUAACAAUUUCUUAAGUGGCUUACACAUUCUUAGUGAGAUAUUACCUACCCCUUUGCUCACAAAUCUUAAAAAAGAUAAUUAUUUUGAUAAUUACGAAAUGUCCGACUUAGACGAUGUUCUUCCUGAAGCAAAAAUAUUGAGAAAUUAUUGGGUUAAUCAAUUAAUUCCAUUACGAGACGAUCUUAUGCAAUUAACUAAAAGUCUUGCAUCUUCAAGUUCGAAAAUUAUACACAUUAUGCUCAGAACGCUUAUUUGUCAGCUUGUUGAUCUUGAUGUGUAUGAUCGAGGUAUCGGUAGAGGAAUUAUGACAAUUAUUGUCAACGGUGUACGUGAAGUGUUUUUAGAAAUUCAAUCUAUUUUAGAUAAAGUUGGCAAUGGAAAAUUAAGUAACAAUAAUGAACUUGAAGAAAAUUCAGAACAAAAUGAUGGCACUAAAAAUUCAAACGAAUUAGAUAUUAAAUUAUCACUAUUUGGUCGGUGGUUGAGUUUAUUGACUUCAUUAGGAAGUAAUUCAUUAGGCAGGGCUCAUUUAAUCGAUUAUCUCUCUGGUAACAGCGAUAUCGUAGCAUUGGAAGACGUUAAAGGCAAGAAAGCAUCCGAAAAUUCACUCAGCCUUGUUCCCAUGUUAUUAAAUUUCAUUAACACAAAUAAUGACUUGAAUUUCAUAUACGAUUUCAUAAUGGAAUUUUUAUUUUCCAUAUGCAAUCAUUCUAUAACUGUUUCUGGAUCGAGAAUUCCUAAGAUAGAUGACCUCGCCCUCAUUAUUGAUACAUUAUUAGUUUAUGUGAAGCAAGGAAAAAACGGUAGACUUCAAGCCCAAUCAUUACUUGUCUUACAAAAAAUCGUUGAAACGGAAAUUGGAGUUUUAAUUGUUCUUACAGAACAUACGCAUUAUCAACUAAUUGGAAAUAUUAUUACCUGGGCUCCGGAAUUAAUAAGAUCAUCUGAUUUAAGAAUGCAAGAUUUAAAUAUCGCAUAUAACUCUAUCGUAUUUAUAUUGAAGAUUAUUGCAUACUCUCCACACCGCCGAAGCAAUUCUCCUGGUACCAAUAUAGAAGAGUUUGAAUCAUUGUCUUUAGUAAUUGAUUCCAAUGAAGAUCUCGAAAUUCUUCAUAAAACUUAUGAAUCCAUAGAGCAAUAUGUUCUCGACCUUCCAUAUAAACAACGAAAUGAAAACGACGAAGAGAUUAUAUAUGACCUUAAUAUGUGUCGUUCUGUUGCUAGUGUUAUUCAAUCACUCAAGGAUCAAUUAAUUUCAUAUGCUCACGUUGUCAGUCGUUCUAAUAAUAAUAUAAAUCGAGAAGAAAUUUUGAAAAAAUUAAACAUAAGAAAGGAAGAAGUUAUUAGGGAAUUUGAUGAUAAAAAUUGCCAUGUUAAUCAAGGAUUUAUCGGAUCCAGAAGUGUCGGAUUUACUAUUGACGAUUAUCCAGAAAUUCCUUUCUAUGAUGUGGUUGAUGAUCCAGCAGGAAAAGGAACGGAUGGGGGAUUAUUUAAUGAACCCGAUAUAGAUAUAGAUUUUGAGGUAUUUGCUAAAGAGAUGUUGCCUAAUUUCCAAUUUCACAAAAAAAUGAAAAUGUCAAGCGACAGUGCAGCCAAGGGAAGAAAACUGCUAAAAGCGCGUACUUUAAGUAAACUUGGGGGAAUUGCAUACGAAAGCAAUGCUAGAAGAAAUUUAGGUGGAGGAAAAACUUAUCAAAAGAAUGAAUUUCGUAGUAUUCAUAAUAAUCGUAAAGCGAAUACCAGUCGUCCUCCCUCAGUUCAUGUUGACGAUUUUAUGUCUGGGAAGAUUCCCGUCAAUCAACAACAUCCAGACAUGUUAAAUACUGCAUCAACAACUACUGCUGUUCCAACUCCAACCCCUACAAUGCAGCAAAAGAAAUUAAAUCCUACAAAUCGUCCACCGACGCCAAAUAAACGUGGGGGUAUAGCUACACCUGUUAUUAGUCCGCAAAUAACUACAAGUAAUCGUGGAGGACGUGGUCGACGUCCUAGCACAGUUUCAGUUCCAACACCCCGUGGUGUUUCUCGAGGUGGCAGUAGUAGUGGUCGAGGAGUAGGUGGAAUUGGAAGAGGUGGAAAUACUAACGCAGGAAUAAUAGGAACGUGGGAAAUGGGUGGCAAUACUGGAUGGGCCGGUGGUCCCCCGUCACUACCAAUUAUAAUGCCUCCGCCUAUUUCAAAAUACAUGGAAUUUGAUAGACAGCGAGAUUAUGCAAGAUAUGAUAGUCAGAAUAUGCGAGCUGGUUAUUAUGAUAAUCAAUAUUAUGGUAUACCAUCUCCAAUAACACCAUAUGAUCGUCCUCCUGUACAACAAUCUACACCUGGUAUUGGUCCUCGAAUUAAGAAUGGAGGCGAGAAUAGAGGGCGUACAGUUCCACAAGAGUGGCCUCCACGCUCUAUGACUUCACAGCAAGCACGCAGGCCGGAGCGCCCUUUUGGCCGACGAUAA